AUGAACUGGCAGUUUUUGAAGUUAUUGGCUUUAAUGCAAAUAUUCAAAUUAUCUGAGAAUAGUCAUGUACAAUUGGCUAAAACGGAAGUUAAUGCUUCAAUAGGUCAUUUACAAACACCAACAUCAUUAACAGCAGCAAUAAGCUCUUCCAGUGCACACCCUUUUUAUCAACAACAUCAUUCUCAGCAACACCAACUUCAUAAAAGACACAGUCUACCAUUUGGUGGCCCACCACUACCUCCACCUCUAUCACCAGCCCAAAAACGCCAGUAUCAUCAGUGGCAUCGAAAUGGUCGAAUAGCUGAACGUCGUCAUUAUCGUAUACAUCAUCAUCGUCCACAUAGUAGAUGGGUGCCGCGCCGACAUCAUCAUCACCAUCGUCUACAAUAUUCUGCUUGGACAGCUUGGACACCCUGUUCGCCGGAGUGUGUACAACGUAGGGAGCGUUAUUGCAAAACGAAACGGAAAUGCGGUCAUAUUAAACACAUAGAAGAGCGCAAAUGUUGGCGAUGUCAUCCCGCUACGUCAAGCAGUCUACCGCCACAUGCAGUCCAACAGCAACAACAACAACAGCAGCAGCAACAACAACAUCAACAGAUCAACAGUGCACCACCAACAAUUGUAAUCAAUGCGGCAGCAGCAGCUGCCACUGCACCAGUUUCAGCAACAAGUGCAAUCACACAGCCAGAAUCUCAUCUUCAUCAGCCGCCACAUCAUGAGGUACAACAACCCACACCAGAAAUCAUACUACCCACUGAUUUGAACAACAUACAUCAUCCUGUUACAAUUCAUCCGCCAUACGUUGAUGAAGACGAAGACGAAGAUGAUCAUCACGAAACAUCUCAUUUCAAAGAUGACACCAGCAAUCAUUACGACGAUGAUAAUGAUGAUCACAGUGACGAGACAGACUUUUAUGUCAUAAAGGCAAAGAGAAAAAGAAAACCUCAACGCAAUCGGAAGCCUCAAUUAAAUGAAUUUGAGGAUUAUUUAGAUUAUGGAGAAACUGAUGUUGUUUUAACGUCUAAAGAGCAAGAACAAGAUGAUCUUAGAGAUUUGGGUUUGGGUACCUCAAAAGAAUUUCUUGAACCCUCUAGUAGUGAAGUAAGAUCUAUACGCAAUCAAAAAUUUCUACCAACUCCACCAGGUCAAGUGCGUUCGAUGAGACAGAGGGAUAGGAAAAGAUCUAAGGGUUCUGGUCAUCGUCAAGGCCGACAGAACUCAAGACGUAAUCUUAAGGGGGCUGUGGGUGUGUUUGAUGAUGGUGCGAUUGAGGGUGAUGUAUUUCAGUAUGAAGAUUUCGACAUCGAUAUAAGUCGUCCUGAACAUGCUGAUGUCGAUGUCUCAUAUGAGGAUCCAGUAGACGAGGAUGGUGCUAACACUUCGAAUUUGUCACCUUCUAAAGAGAGAGCAACACCAGAUCAUUUAAUACCAAAACACAGACGUAUUUAUUCGAAAUGGAGUCGUUGGACAAAAUGUUCGCCAAAGUGUACGACAAGAAGAUAUAAAAAAUGUCGUGUUCGCGAGCAGUGUGGUCGAGAGGUUCUACGUGAGAUAGCCUACUGUUAUACCGAGGGAAGCUUUUGCCAACAAUGGCUCCAGGCUCAGGUACAAAAAUCGCCGACAUAUGACUUAAGACCGGUGGCAACACGUCGCCGUGAUAUUAACGAUGAUGGUGGCACCCUUUCCAAUUCUAUUGGGGGUACCCUUAGUGAUUUCAUUAUGAAUGGCAAGGGAUAUCGAGGUCCCGAAUAUACACCUAUGAAGUUGAAAUGUGGCAUUGCACCGAUACGUAGUAAUAAACGUAACAUGUAUAAUAUGCUGAAAAUUAUUGGUGGUAAGGCGGCACGCAAAGGGGAGUGGCCAUGGCAAGUGGCGAUUUUUAAUCGUUAUAAGGAAGCCUUUUGCGGUGGCACCUUGAUAGCCCCUCAAUGGGUGUUAACGGCAGCCCAUUGUGUGCGCAAGGUAUUAUAUGUACGCAUAGGAGAACACAAUUUGGACUAUGAAGAUGGCACCGAGCUACAAGUAAAAGUGAUGAAAAGUUUCAAACACCCCAACUUUGAUAAGAAAACGGUGGAUAGUGAUGUGGCCCUAUUAAAGCUACCCAAACCCAUUAACAGCACUACCUGGAUAGGUUUCUCUUGUCUGCCCAGACCCUAUCAACCUUUGCCGAAAAAUAUGGAUUGUACUGUCAUAGGUUGGGGUAAAAGACGUAAUCGUGAUAUAGCCGGCACUAGUGUACUACAUCAAGCCGAAGUACCCAUUAUACCCAUGGAUAAUUGUCGUUCGGUUUAUCAUGAUUAUACCAUAACGAAAAAUAUGUUUUGUGCUGGUCACAAAAGAGGACGCAUCGACACGUGUGCGGGAGAUUCAGGAGGUCCUCUGUUAUGUCGUGAUACUACAAAACCUAAUCAUCCUUGGACUAUAUUUGGCAUAACAUCAUUUGGUGAUGGUUGUGCGAAACGUAAUAAAUUUGGUAUUUAUGCUAAAGUUCCGAAUUAUGUUGACUGGGUAUGGUCGGUUAUAAAUUGUAAUGGCAAUUGUAAAAUGCAUCAACGUUCAGCCUAAAGAGAAUGCAAUAAUACUACAAUGUGGGAAAUAAAUCAUUAACUAACAAUACUCUCGUAGUCAAUUUCGUAGUACAUUUUUGUGUAAGUGUAGUAAGUAGUUUUUGUAGAUGAUUUAUGGUUUUUAUUUUAGUCCUUUUGUAGAAAAUGUUUUAAAAGAAACUGAAAAAACUGUGUUUGUACAGUGAGUGAAAAAUUAUGUGCUUAAAAAUUGCAAUGAGGGCGUUAAGCGGUAAACCACAAACGUUUUUUUCGUUUGGGAAGAAAGUGAAAAUGUGGGGAUUUUUGUAAAUUAGUUAUGGGUUGAUGUAUUUGUCAAUAAAAAGGGGGAGUUUCUUCUAGUUCUGCUUCAGUUCAAGUUCAGAUCUAGUUCUGUUCUAGUUCAGUUCUAGUUCAGCUCUUCUUCUAGUU